AUGGCCGUAUCGAAGAAGCACAGAGGACGAUUACACGACGAACUCGCACAAAGGCUUCAUCAGGAUGUUCGCAACGCCCGAAGCAUCGACAUAUCACGUACUAUGGAUGUUCCCACCCCUGUUCUCGUACCUACACAAGGGCAGAGUUCAUCGUUCUUAUUGAUGCCUGCAGAGAUUCGAAACGAAGUCUAUCGGUAUCUCCUGCCGGAUGUUACCAGCCUGCGAGACGUUACCGGUCUUCUUAGCGCUUGCAAGCAGAUCCGUCAAGAGUUUUCCAGCAUGAUAGUCGCCGAGAGCCAGUUAGUCAUGAACGGCGCAGUACAGAAGAGCAUCGAUAUGGUUCAAGUAGCUUUUUCCACUACUGAGAUAGAUACGGUCAUCGGCACGCCCCAGAUCCAGACGCACUCCCACCUUCAUAACGUGAAAGUCCGUCUCGGAAUGCGCGAUACACGCUCGCUACCUGCCGACGCAAAUGAACCACGCAUAUACUUCGACGACGUCUUCGCCUCGUUCCGCGAAUUACUGAGCCUACAUCUACCUUACGUUACCGUCAAUGUCCCUGCCGCAAUCGCCAAAGACGCCAGUAUAGCCGAUCCCGAACUUCGACAUCGCCUGCUAGACGCAUGCAUCUUUACCUUCAGGGGAUUGGAAGAGACUCCAGGGGUCACAUUGAACGUGCAGCACGUUAUAUUCAAGAUUCAGACUCACAAGUGGGAUACCGCGGCUCUUAUACAUGAACCUGUUGUAGUCUUUGUAAGACGUAUCAACGAACAGAAAGAGAUUAAGUUUGAUCUGCUUUGGAAGGACCCAAGGACGGAGAGCCGGCAAGUCUCCACAGAUAUGGCAAUGAUGGCACAGUUGAACGAUAUCGUGAGGAAGAGUCGAGAAGCUACUUUAAGUGAUCAUUAG